AUGUGUUGGUGUUUGUACAUCACAUUAAAAUGGCCAGAAAUAAUGAAAGAAUGGACAACUGUGGAUGAUUUGUUACAAAGAUAUCGGCCUCGACCAAAAAUGCAAUCAAAAAUUCGUAGAACAACAUAUAUUUUGGUAACGAUAGCGAUAAUUGAACAUGCCUAUUAUCAACUAAUUGUCCAUAUUAAUUGUGGAGGAAGCCGUUGUGGAUUUUAUGAGCAAGUCGAAUCACAAUAUUUUAUAUAUUUUCGAUAUUUUACUCAUACUCGUGUCAGAGGCCUAUAUUUAAUGUUAACUAAUGUAUUAUGUACUUUUGCAUGGACUUUUGCUGAUAUUUUUCUAAUUAUAAUCAGUACAGCUUUAGCGGAACAGUUUAAAUUAAUUACCGAUCGUGUAAAACUUUCAACACCAUCUGCCGAAUCGAAAAUUGUCUACGAAUCAUUUUGGGGUGACGUACAAGAAGAUUACACAAAAGUAACAAUUUUAUGUAAAAAAUUGGAUGAAAUUUUAUCCAAAAUUAUUUUUAUUGCCAUUGCGAAUGAUAUUUAUAGCAUAUGUAGCCAAUUGUUUGCAAUAUUUGAAUGGCAAUAUUCAAUGUAUCACCAAUAUUAUGCCCUAUUUUCGGUAUCAUUUUUAAUAGGACGAACAAUUUUAGUGAUUUUAAGUUUAGCUGAAGUGAAUGAAGAGAGUCGCAGACCACUGUUGUAUAUGUUACAUUUACCCGAAUGCGUUCUACUACAACGAUUUAUUCAACAAAUUUGUGUGGAUCCAGUUGGACUGACUGCUUUUAAAUUAUUUUAUGUUAAACGUGAUAAAUUAAUUGUGUUAAAUGCAUUUAUUGAACAAUUACGAUAUGGUACAACAUCUUACACCUGUUUUAAUAUAUUUACAAUAAAACGUAGCAAUUUAUUAGCGACUUUUACUGUACUUCUUACAUAUUAUUUAGUAUUAUUACAACAAACUUUAUAUAACUGA